CAAACACAAAAACACUAAUGGAUAAGACAAUGACAUUACUCUUGUUCUUCUUGUCAACCACUCUUCUCCUCACGGCCUCUUUAGCUAAAGAUCUCUGCCACAAAGAUGACAAAAUCACCCUCCUCAAAAUCAAGAAAUCGCUAAACAACCCUUACCACCUCGCCUCAUGGGAUCCCAAAACCGACUGCUGCUCUUGGUACUGCCUUGAGUGCGGUGACGCCACUGUUAACCACCGCGUCACCUCUUUGUUCAUACAAGACGGUGAGAUCUCCGGUCAGAUCCCCCCUGAAGUGGGUGACUUACCGUAUUUGAAGUCCCUCAUCUUCCGCAAACUCACUAACCUCACUGGUCACAUUCAACCCACUAUCGCCAAGCUCAAGAAUCUCACUUUUCUCAGACUAAGCUGGACAAAUCUGACCGGUCCAAUUCCUGAGUUUCUGAGUCAGCUCAAGAAUCUUGAGUACAUUGACCUUUCCUUUAAUGACCUCUCUGGUUACAUACCUAGUUCUCUCUCUUCAUUACCUAAACUCGAGUAUCUUGAACUUAGUAGGAACAAGCUUACAGGUCCGAUACCAGAGUCAUUUGGCUCGUUUUCAGGAAAAGUCCCUAGCCUUUUCCUAUCACACAACCAGCUCUCUGGAACGAUACCAAAAUCACUAGGCAACUCCGACUUUUACCGGAUCGAUCUAUCCAGGAACAAACUUCAAGGCGAUGCGUCCAUCUUGUUUGGAGCUAAGAAAACGACAUGGAUCCUUGACAUAUCGAGAAACAUGUUCCAGUUCGAUCUCUCCAAGGUUAAGCUCGCUAAGACACUUAAUAACUUGGACAUGAAUCACAAUAGGAUCACAGGGGGUAUCCCGGCCGAGUGGAGCAAAGCUUAUUUUCAGUUACUCAAUGUUAGCUACAACAGACUGUGUGGACGCAUCCCCAAAGGAGAGUAUAUCCAGAGAUUUGAUUCUUAUUCCUUUCUCCACAACAAGUGUUUGUGUGGUGCACCUCUUCCAAGUUGCAAGUGAAGAAGAUUCAAGCAAAUUAAACCAGGCUUUAAUCAUCUCUAAUGUACC